AAGACUUUUGACCUCUACCAUACUAUCGUCACAGCCAACAUACGCCCCUCCAUCCCGCACUUGCAAUUCCUGACGAGCAACGUACUAUCAAGUAUCUGGAAAAUUCCACAAAGACGCAACGAUGGACUCCUCAAGAUCAGCGCUCGAGAACUCGGACCUCGACAAGCUCAACGACAAGGACAAGCUUGAGCUCCGCCAAUUCCUUGCCAACGAGCAGCAGAGAUCUCAAAUUCAGUCACAAACCCAUGCUCUCACCGAGAUCUGCUGGAAGAAGUGCGUCAGUGGCUCGAUCCGCGGCUCGAAGCUGGACAAGGGCGAGGAGGGAUGCCUGGCCAACUGCGUUGACAGAUUCCUUGACGUCAACUUCCUCACGAUGAAGCACCUCAACAACAUGCGCUCUGGUUAAAGGGUUUCGGAGCAAACCGUCGGAUCCCACACGCUGGAACAACAGGAAACAGGAAACGGAACACGCCACAACGGCAUGCUCGUGGGGGAACCGGGGAACCGGAUUAGAAAGGGGCGUAGAGAAACUUCGGACGGAAGUUGCUCAUGUACAAGCAUAUUUAUAAUCAUGUUACGAGAAAGAAUGGCAAUCCCAUCAUGUCAGAACACUG